AUGUCUAAUAGUUUUAGGAUCAGUUCGCCAAAAGACGCAGAUGAUGCACCUUCAGAAAGGCCUCUUCGCCGAUCUUCCCGGCGGGCCGCAUCCAUCGCUGUCAAGGCUCCAGAAGCAUCCAUAGAAACCUCAUCUACCAGUAGCUUGAACGAACGACGACGAAAUCCUAAGCGCAAGGCGGCCGAGGCUGCAACAGAAUCAUUAAACUUACCCGAUAAUAUGUUAGAUGAAGCACUACGACCUCUCACAACAACGGAUAUUGAGGAGUGGGAGGGCUGGGUUGAGCUUGAAUCUGAACCUGCGUUCUUUAAUACCAUUCUGCAAGACCUAGGGGUUAAAGACGUCAAGGUGCAAGAACUCUUCAGCAUUGACCAAAGCUGGCUAGAUACACUCCUGAAACCGAUAUAUGGCUUGAUAUUUCUGUUCCAGUAUACCUCCGACGCAGACGAAAGCGAAGGGGAAGAUGAGACAGGUUCACUGUGGUUCGCCAACCAGACGACAAAUAAUGCCUGUGCUACAUUUGCUUUACUCAACAUCGUCAUGAACGCCCCAAACAUUGAACUGGGCGACAAGCUUCGAGAAUUCAAGGAGGAGACCAAGGAUCUCAACACCGUUCUCCGAGGGCAUGCAGUCAGUAACAACAAGUUUAUGAGAAGCAUCCAUAAUUCCUUUACCAGGCGCAUGGACCAUCUCAAUGCCGACCUCUGCCUGGAACAUGCUGUGUCACACGCAAAGUGUAAAAAGGCAAAGACAAAACCCAAAGCCGCAAAGAAAACCAGCAAGAAGACAAGAGUGGAAGAGUCAUAUGGAUUUCACUUUAUUGCCUAUGUUCCAGUAGAUGGGUACGUCUGGGAGCUGGAUGGGCUCCGUAGCAAGCCCCAUCGAAUAGGUCCAAUUGAAUCUCAUGAGAGCUGGACAAACAUUGCAAGGCCCCAGAUUGAGGGUCGAAUAUUACAAUAUGAGGAGAGCCAAAUAGCCUUCAAUCUCCUCGCUCUCUGCCAACGCCCUGUUGCGUUGCACUCUCGCUCCAUCGCUCAAGUAGCCGCAUCCAUCCGCCUCCUGGAAGAUCAAAUGAAGGACAACCCUAAAUUCGCAGAUUUAAUCAACGGCCAGCUGCCGGUCUUGGAAAAUCCAGCCGAGUUGUCCGAGUUCAAUCUCCUGCCCUCCGAUAUCGAGAACGCAACGUUUCCCAAGGAGAUAAAAGCAGAAAUCUUACGUGUUGCGAGUAAUAUUGACGAAGCUUAUGAUCUAUAUCAGCGGCUUGCAGUCGACUUGAAGGUUGCUAUUGGAGAGCACAGAGCCGAGAUGAUUUCUCUCAGCGUGGAUGAGCAACGGGUCAAGGAUCGUAAAAAGGAUUUCGGUCAGGCUUUGCACAGAUGGGUGCAGAAACUCGCAGAGAAAGGCGUACUUGAAGAACUUAUCGAGCAUUCCUGAGAUUAUUGUACAAUAGACGAAGGGGGAAGGGGGGGGGAGCAGAAAUGGGCGAGGGGUAGUGAAGGAUG